CAGCCAUGGAGACGGUCAGCGUGUUUGGAUUAUUGGUGUUACUGGCGAAUUCCUGUCUUUGUUCCAUCAUUUGUGACAAAGUGGAUGUGGCAGAAAUAGAAGGGGAUGUUAAUAGCGUUUGUUACAAUCAGGGGAGUGAAGAGAUCAAGUGUCCCAGAAAUGAAUCAGUGUUGGUCAAACACUUCUUGCAAAGAGCUCAUGUAAGUAGGGACGGUGACGACAGGAAUGCAGACUACAGAUCCUGUGUAGAAAAAUUCAAUGAUGAAUAUUAUGACGUUGGGGAAUGUUUGUUAAUGACGUCGGAAGUGCAUCAGAAGAGGGCUUAUCAGGCCGCGAUCACGGAGGUUCUGGAGGAGUGUAGUCAGAAGAGGUACUGUAUCCUGGAGAGUGACACGAGUUCCUCUAUCCAUGGUCUGAAGGACCUCCCAGUAGGAGAGAGAAAGAAACGCCCGUCACAUCUCGUUGUAUUGCAUCAGUGUGUUAAAGAUCAAGUUGCGAGUGUCUUGUUGUGUGACAGCCAGACCGAAACAGGCAAGGAGGUCUACAUCAGCAGCGACCGACUGAAGAUGUCAUCUCUGGAAACAAACACCUGCACCUGUACAGUCAGUGGAGCUGCGAGCCGCGUCACCCUGCUGGACGUCAGACUGGACAACAGCCACGUGACCACACUGUCCAUCAGGGACAAGACACGUACAGUGUACACAAUCCAUGGUGGCGACCAGGCAGUCCACUUCAUGAAGGAGAUUAACAUCAGCCAAUCAGAGUGGAGUUUACAGGUGGAUGUUAUCCGAGACUAUCUCCCUGACAAGAUAUGGAUGAGACUGGAAGGACACAACGGCUCUGACGUUACAGUCACAUGUAAGGAAUCAGAGACUCAUGACACACAUGUGGCGCCACGAUCUUCGUCAGGUGAACGUCACACUCAGAUUGUGUUUGUGUGCGUUGGCUUUGUCACAGGGUUUGUCUCUGUUGGUUUCAUCAUGGCUAUUUGUGUUAAAAGGAGGUCAGGACACUCGGGCUCCACGUCUAACGAAGGAGGCGAUCGCGAUAAGGGCGUGGUCUACUACUCUCAACCGGAUGAGUCACGUGUCCAGCAGCCAAUCGGAUCACCAGAAGGAGAUGCUGCUGAACCUAACUACCACAUGCCGGAUGACCCACGUGACCAGGGAGCAGCAGGAUGCAAUUACUACCUGGUUCCUGUUCACCGACAGAAACGAUAAACCAG